AUGAGCAACUGGGACUCACACCGACAAGUGUUUGACCCAACCCCACAACGCAAGUUGAGUGCAAGCAGCUCACGUCGAUGGGGAUUCUGCGUUGGACUGCAAAUGGUAGCUCUGUUUACUACUUUCUUCAUUCUAAUAUGGGGACGUUUGGAACUUGGGACAUCCCAAAUCACGAAAUAUGGUCUUGGUAUCGUCCACAGUGCCACCAUCCUGAACAUCUUCAGCUCAGGGGCCAAUACUCUUCUACUCAACGUCAUUAUCGUCAAUCUGCCGCAACUCCUGCUGUCUAUCACGUAUUUCAACUACAAUGCCCUCUAUACAUGCAUAUCUCUGGCUACGGAGUGGGACAGGUUUUGCGGCGGAACCAAGAAAGGCCUCCGAGUGUCUACAAAGCAGCAAGGCGACCAGCGGGAGACAUACUUCCUCCAACUUCCCUACCGUUAUUCGCUACCACUUGCCGCGUUAUCUAGCGGUAUUCAUUGGCUUAUGUCACAGAGCAUAUUUCUUGUCAGGAUAGAAAAGUAUGCCGGCGACAACUUCACCGAAACAACGUCUUGUGGAUGGUCACCGGUUGGCACCGCCUGUGUUGUUAUUGCGGGGAGUAAUCUCGUCGGGUUCCUCGUUGCCGCUGCCUCUCGUCGUCUUCGCUAUGGAGGGAUUCCUGUGGCUGGUAGCUGCAGUGCGGCAAUAGCUGCAGCAUGCCACCCGGACCCAUCAGAAGGCGAUUCAUUGGCAACAUUGCCCCUGAGUUGGGGUGUUGUUUCUACAACAGAUUACAUGGGCCACUGCUCGUUCUCGAGCAAGGAUGUUGAGAGACCCAUGGAGGGGGGUUUCUAUGCUUGA